AUCAUACGUAUGUAAGUAUCUAAUAUCAAUGAUUUAUCUGACAUCAUUAAGGAGGCAGAGAAAGUUUACACCUUUAGAAAACUAGAGAAGUAAGAUGCUGCACCUCUAAUGGCAUUAAUGACUGAUGCAUUUGUACAUCAUAAUGAUGCAUUUGUGAUUUUAGAAUCAAUAGAUUCAGAUAUGAGUAGUGAAGCCAUUCUUUAAGAAUAGUAACAAUUAUUCAUAUCUUUAAAUUAGUGUUUUGAUGGUUUAGGAAGGCCUCUCUUUUGGAGCAUUUCAUGGAGAUAAGUUAGUCUCAGCAUGCUUAAGUUUUGAUUUAUAGCGCAAGUCAGAUAUGAAUGUAGAUUCUGGGAGAGAGCCAACCUAAGCAAUGAAAGAAAUUGGACGUAUGAUCAAAACUUUGCUUGAUAAAUACUCUGAUACAAAAAGUCUCCCCAAAAAUGAAAUAUCUUAUCUGAGUCACUUGGCAACAUAUUCAGAUUACUGCAAAUAAAACUUGGCUUUGAUAUGUUCUUAUUUAUCAGUUCUCGAGAGUAGAAAAUAAGGAUUUUAGAAAAUGCUAACAGGAGCAGGACAUGUGGCUACUUUCAAGGUGUUCACAAAAAUAUUCAAAGAGUAUGAAUUAGUCAAAAACAUUGAAGAACUUAGAGAAAAACCUAUAUUUAUGAAAUCCCUGAUAGCAACAAUAACCCCUUAAUGAAUAUCACACAUUAAAAAUAAUUAUAUGAGGAU